AUGAAGGAGAAAGGGAUGAAAGAUGAAGAUGCCGGUGAUGUUCUAAUUGAUCAGGCGAUUCUGUAUGGAACUAAGCGAUUAGCAUCUGAAGAAUUCUUACAUGAUUGGGAACAUAAAAGAUUGAAUUCGGGACAUGGUCCUGGAUUUGACCAAAGAGUAGGGGCCACCAGUGACCCAAAACCUGGAGCAUAUCCUUCCUAUCCCAUUCUAAUUCCUGUUGUCACUUCAAAUUGGCCAGGGCCGUUUCCAUUCCCUCCUCAAGCUGCAACAACAACCUUUCUCGGAAAAGGAGCAAAGCAAUGGCGUAGUGGAGAUUGGAUAUGUGCAAAAUGCAACAAUCACAAUUACGCCUCUCGAGCUCAAUGCAAUAGGUCAGUUGAUAAACUGGUGGCUUUUACCUUUUAUUUGCUGGAUUAUGCAAGCAUUGUGAUACACAGAAACAUGAUGCGGUUGAUGUGCUUUAUACCCUUCAAUAAUUUGAUCAUUUGA